AUAGUAUAUCGACUGUAACUACACAAAACCGUUAUGAAAACUUGACUUCCUAUAUACCAUUUGAUGUAUCUCAACGAGCUCUACAAUACUGUAUAAAAAUGAAAUCGAUUCAAGAAAAUUUGUUUAUCCGGCGGGGUCCUUUCGAAAUAGGAUAAAAUUUAAACUUUUGCUUUUUUGCUUUUCUUAUAUGACAGUCUCAAUUCGAAUUUUAAAAUUUAUAUUUAGGAUAAAAUUUUAUCUGUCGCUUUUUGCUGUAACUAUAUGAGUGCAGGAUUUUUAAUUUUCGAAUCGAUAUUGUGUAGUUGAACCUUCAUUUAUAUUCGAAUUCGAAUUAAACAUCUCAUGGAAAACAGCAUACACCCAAGGUACUACUGAAUAGUCUUUUUCAGAAAGAUCUUUCGUCUAGAAUUAAAUCAUUAUUUUCAUUGAUUUCUAUAAUUCAGGAAAGACACGUCAAUUAAUGCACUAUUAUACAUAUACAUACAAUGUAAAUAGAAAGUAUUUUCUAUCCGACCCUCGAUUCUAAUCUAUAAAUUUCAGAUGAUCAAGGCGUUUAUUGUAUUUUCUCUUCUCUGUUUUAUCAAUGCGAGGUUCACAACAAAUAGUACAUGUAACAAUUGCAUAGGAAAAAUCCACUCCAAACAAGAUUUACAACUAGCUAGACAGAGUCUAAUUAUUGAUAAAAGUCAUAGCUGCCACAAUAAACAAUAUACAUUUUUUAUCAUUGUGAAAUCAGGAAGCUUUGAAAAACGAAAUUUCACACGUUCUACAUGGGCCAAAGAAAUUAGUGAACAUUUUAAAAUACCUAUUCUAUAUGCCAUUGGUUAUCCAAAAGAUCCUCAUUUGCAAAAAGAUAUUAUUGCUGAAGAUCUUCUAUAUCAUGAUUUACUACAGUUCAAUAUUCUUGAAAGUUAUUAUAAUUUAACAUUGAAAACCACAAGUGUUCUACUGUGGUAUGAUCGAUAUUGUUCGAAAAAUAGUGAAUAUCUUUUAUAUGUCGAUGACGAUGUACUUAUACAUGUCGAUAAAUUAAUCAUAUAUAUGCAUCGAACCGUUAACAAUGAUUCCAUUCAAGGUUGGUUCGAAAACGCAGUACAUAUUCAGCGUGAAGGUAUGGGUGGAGUAUCAGUAGAUGAUUUUCCUAUUGAUUUUGCACCAGAUUAUUUAUGGGGUGCAACAGUAGUAUAUCCGUCACAUAUAAUAUCGAAUCGAUUGAUUAGCGCUAUAUUUAAUUCAACGGUACCUAUAUUUUUUCGUGAUGAUGUUUUCAUCAACGGAUUUAUGGCUCAACAAGCUGG